UGGCCUGUUCUAUUGUGUAAUUUAAUAGUGUCGGGUUAAGAUCCUUAUGGUGUCUCUAAGAUCCUUCUUAACGUACCCCUGACAAACUUGCAAUUCAUCAUUUCCACCCAAAUCGGAAUCAACUUAAGCGACAACUGUUCUAGUUUUGGGUUCCUUCCCGUCUUUCAAAAAAACUAACACAUAUACGAAUAAAAAAAACACCUACAUACAUGUAUGUACAUACAUAUGUAUGUAUCUUUUUUCAUUAUUGGGAAAAUAUUUUAAAUAUCAGCCACAUUCCCCCGAAAUAUAAAUUUGAUUCUGUAUAAAAAUGUCCUACUCCCAACAAAGAUUUCUUAUGUGAAUACAUACAAAUUCUCUGCAUAGAAACCCUAUUUUUGUUCAACAGAAUAAAGUUUGUAGAAAUUUUAAAUUCCGGCGAAUAAAUUUUAUUCAAAAUAUUUGUAAGUGUUUAGUUAUUUAAAAUUCCUAUAAAAAUAAUAAUAAAUGUAUGCUGUUAGUAAUUUCUUUAAUUGCAAUUAUGUUGCAUUAAUUAACACUUGGCAGUUAACGUUCAAUUAGAGUUGCAAUAAAAAGGUCUUACUAAAACAAUAUCACAGAUGUGCUAAAAACGUACCAAAAUACUAACUUUUAGUAAGCAACUAUACGGCAAUUCUAUUUAAUUAUAAAGGAUGCCACUGUUUAACAAAAAAUAACUUAAAAUUCCAUGAAAUGAUCAAAAAUAAACUAGGACAGCUACUUUUUAUAAUAAAAGCUACGUUUAAUGCUUUUAUAAUAAAUAUGGAAUAACAUAUUAGGAUUAUUUCUCUAGAGAGCUAAUAAUUUGAAUAGUUUUGCUAAACUAAAUGGUUAACUUUCCCAAUGCCGGUUCUACCGGCAAACAAUUUUGCAGAUCUUAUUGAUCUGGCAUCCCAUGACUUUGUUUAGCAGUUCGCGCGUUUUUCUGUCAUUUUUCAGAAACAUUUUUUUAUUUGGUGUAGCUUUAUUUAUUUUUUCGUGCUAAAUAAAGUGGAUUAAAUCUGGUGUUUUUAUUAUUUUUUUAAAUUUUAAUUAUUGUUAUUUACUUUGAAUUGUAAAAAAUCUCAAGUGCAAGAAAGAUUUGCGAAUAAUGCGCAAUUCUACAAGUGGUAGUACACCGAAAACAAAUACGGUCCAAGAUGAUAGUGUUUCCACAAACAACAAUGCAGAAAAAUCUAGUGCCAAAAAAUUGAAACAAGCACGACUACCAUUUAAAGUUAUUGCCCCCGGCACAUCGCCGGUUGGCUCAAAAACCACUGCAACACCACUAACAACUGCAGGGGACAAGGAUAAAGAUAGCCAUUCUACAGAUGGUAGAAAGCGUAAACUGUCUUAUGAUGAUACCGAUGAUGAUGUUGCUAGUGGUGCCGUUGUUCUUAUUGAUGCUGACGAUAAUGUAAGCAAAGAAAAUGUUGAGAUUUUAAAGGCGGCAACUAAGAAAAAGAAGACCAACAACAAAGAACACACCACAUCGGAGGUUGUUGUCUCACUUUUGGAUGAUGAUGAUGACGAGGACGUUGAAGGUGAAACCAAUAAUGAAGAUAUUAAUAAUACUUCUGUUAUUAGUGCUGUGGGCAAAAAAGAUUUAGCUUUAAAGACUCCAAAAGCUACUGCUAAAGACAAACGAAACGGUGCAGGAACACCACAAACAUCUAGCGCUCAAAAGGACAAAAAUGGCAGUGCCUCAAAAUUACAAAUAAAAUUACCCUUAAGUGCUGGCAAAAAGAAACGUAGAAAAUCAAAACUACAUCAAUUGUCGUCACUCAACAACUCAACAGCAGAAGGUUCUCAUAAUCACUCGGCACAAGAAUUAUCGAGUGAUGAUAUUGAGGAAAUUGCUGUUGAACAAAAUCCUCAAAAACGUAAAAAAUUAAAUACGGAAUGUGAUGUGGAUGAUGGUGAUAAAACAAAAAAUGCUAAAUCUAAGAAUGAUGAACAAGAACAGGAAGUUGAAACCAUUACCUUAGACUCAGAACAUGAAGAGGAGAAGGAAGUGGAAGAAGUAAAAAGCAAAACAACUGUAACGAGGUCAAUAACAAAAACAUUGAGUGGAAAAGAUAAUUCAAAGAAGGAAAGUUCCAAAAAGCCUUCUGAGCAAAGUAUUAAAAACUGGACAGUUAAUAAAACUACCAACAAAGAGAAAGAAACCAAACAAGAACUCAAAAAUAAAACUUCUCCACAAACCAAAAACCAAUCGCCAGAAGAAUCCCCCGAAGAUGAGGAAAAAGAUGAAAUUCAACAAAUUUCUAGUUCAUCGGAUGAAGAGAAAAUCGAAAACCCCGAAAAUGAUAAAGAAGAAGAGCUAGACGAAAGUGUUCUAAGUGACAAUGACAAUGAGGCCGACGACGAAAGGGAUAAUUUAAAUGGCAAGGGCGCUAAUGUUUCAUCUGAUAUGAGUGAGAAUUCCAAAACAAAACACAACAGUACUCUAGAAUCGCUUAAGGAUGGUAAGUCCAUGAAGUCUACGUCUACGAAAAAUCAAACACCAAAACAAGCUAAGCUUAUGGAACAAAGACGAAAAGCACGUGAAGAGAAAGAACGCAAAUUGCAGGAAGAAAAACUAAAAAAACAACAGGAGAAAGAAGAAAAAGAAUUGGCCAAAAAACGUGAACGCGAGGAGAAAGAAGAACAACGUCGCAAAGAGCGUGAAGAAAAAGAAGAACAAAAGCGCAAAGAACGUGAUGAAAAAGAACGUAAACGUCUGGCCGAGUUGGAAGUUAAAAAUGAAGAAAAACGUAAAAAGAACGAAGCAAGAGAAGAAGAAUUGCGCAAAAAGGAAGAGGAACGCAAACGUAAAGAGCAAGAAAAAGAAGAAGCUGAAUUAAAAAAGAAAAAAGCGGCUCAAGCCUUUACAAAAUUCUUUGUGGCGAAAACUCCAAAUCAAGCACAGCUUAAAAAUGAGGAGGAUAGCAAUACAGGAGACGACAACAAACUGUUGGCUUUUAGACCGUUUCAAGUUAAAGGUGAUAUGAAACUGGCGCCGGUAAUACGUAAAAUUUUCACGCCGGAGGCCAAAAAUCGCCUAGAUAACCUGCUGGGCUGUAAAAAUGACGAUGAUGAUGAAGAGGAGGAUGUGGUAAGACGCAAACCUCUGCCAAAAACUCAAUUGUAUUUAAGUGAACUACGUUCUGGUAAAAUAUUGCCUGGCAAAUGGCGGCGGCCAUCUACAGAAUCAAAAGAUGAUGUCAUACUUGUGGAAGAUGAAUUGGAACGUGUUGGUCAAGAGAUUGUAGAAGAUACACCAGCCUAUAUACGUGAAGAAAUGCGUGUUAAAUUUUAUAAAUUUCAUGAUAAUCGUAGACCUCCCUACUAUGGAACUUGGCGCAAAAAAUCAGCUGUGGUUAAACCUAGAAAGCCUUUUGCUCAAGACAAGAAAUUCUUUGAUUACGAGGUAGAUUCCGACGACGAGUGGGAAGAAGAAGAACCUGGUGAAUCACUGGAGGAUGGCAGUGAUGACGACAAAGAAAAGGAAUCAGAGGAUGAUGACUAUGAAGUAGAUAACGAAUGGUUUGUACCCCAUGGUCACUUGAGUGAUGAAGAAUUACAAAACGAAGAUGAAUUCGGUAUGGGCGAUGACAAUACGCGAGAGGCACAAAAGGCUAAAUUGCAAAUACUACAACAGGAGUUUGCCCAAGAAAUGAAAAAGAAAACAGAAAAAAUAAAGCCCCGCUUAAUAGGAUGUAUAUGGACUGACAUAAACGGCAAUCAACCGGCGGAAUGUGCAAGAAUUUUAUGGGAUACUUUAGAGAAAAAAGCCAUGCUAUUCACCGAACCACCACUCGUUGAAGAACCGGAAGGAGACAGAUCCGCAGAACCUUCCUUAUCACCUUCAGGCGCAACAAAUGGAAAUGUGGAGAAACCUAAUGCGGAAAAAUUAAAACCUAUAAGUUUAUCCGAUAGCAUGAUUAAAGAUCUUAUACGGCUAUUACAUGGCAAUAAUCACUCGAAAAACUUUUUAAUUAAUGAAUUUAUCGCCUAUAUUGAGAAAACGGAGGAAUCUGUUAAAAAUGGAGAUUUACGCAAACCUCUGAAAUCAGUAGUACGUGAUAAAAUUGAUGAAAUGGCUGAAUGGCAAGCAAUAGAUGCCACUGCUGCUACUAUGCUGGAGGUGGAACAAGCCAACGAUGAUGCUGCCACUGACGGUGCAAAAAAGAAGAAAAAGGCCAAAAGACGUUUGUGUUGGGUAGUUAAACAAGACAGUUUAAAUAAAAUGGAAUUGCCGUCGUUGGAAUUACAAAAUUCUUGGGAAUAUACAUUGCCACCCAAAUUUGUAAAGUCCGACAAAGAGGUUAAAACCGAUGAAAACGAAAGCACUACAACUACACCUGUUGUAGCAGAGGAUAGUGCAAAGGGCAAAAAUGCUGCAACAUCACAAAUAACAAAAUUUACGAAAGUUCUAACGGCAGAAGAAAAGGCCUCAAAAUUACAGAAUUCACCUGCAUCAACAACGAAUACGUCGUCGUCCACUGAUAAAUUUGGCGGCACAGAAACAAAAUCUAACACACCCACCACAUCGAAAGAGAAAAAACGAGUGCCUUUACUAAUGUCGGUAGCCAGGGGUCAACAAAUUCCUACACCAGCUAAAAAUAAGUUGAUCAGUCAAUUUUUACAGCAAAAAGGCAAAGACAACGCAAAACCCUCCUCUUCGCCAACAACAACAAGUAGGUCAAAAACUGUGAUCUCGCCCCAGGUGGAGGAUGACGAUGUAGUGAUAUUGGACUGAUGUAUAAAAUUCUAAUAUGAGACGUGUUGUCUUGUCGUAAGGUUUUUACGUUUUGUUGUUUAUAUAUAGCAUACGUCGUCGUCAUCGUUGUCGUCAGUCCCCUCGCCCCUCUCUCAUUUAAAUAUAAAUAUAUACUGAGUAGGUGCUUAGAUAUGUUAUAUUCAUAUAUGUAUGUUAGUGUUGUAAGUAAUCAUCAUUCAAACCUUUUUUAGUUUAUCUUUAAUUCUUAGAGUUAUGUAUUAAAUAUUUUAAAAAAUUCACACGUUCAAACAAACAAAAAAUAUUCAAAUUACACCCAUUUUCCCGUAUAAUUGAGACCCAUUUAGGAUAACUUUUUAAAUAACAUUCAUAUUUUAAAUAAUCGUUCGAAACAUGUAUUUCUAAUGGGACAGUUUUUUUAACACAAAUAAUAAACAAAAAGUUGCAACUUAUUUAAUGCAAAAAA